UAUAACUCCCUUCACACAGCCAUUCUAUUUUUUGCCAGUCUAUAAUGUUGUUAAAAUGAAAGUUUUAAAAGAAAUUCAUACUUUCCCACGUUUAAACAGUCCAAUCUGUUUUGGGUGCCUGCCGACACCAUAAAUGGUCGAAGGAACAUACUUUUGUCCUGAGUCACAAUAUUAAUUAUCCAGUACUAGUUAUAAUUCAAUCGUGCGACAAUCACUCACUUGGUUCUUAGUAAGUUAGUCAUUUUUAACAAUAUAUCUGAAUGUCUGACACUACACAAUGUCUUAUGGACACGAUGAAGGGCCAGUCUAUUACAGGGAAAUACAAAAGAAUGCAUAUCUUAAGAGGGUUUCGAAUGAAAGCAGUGGGAGUAAGCUCAGACCAUUGGGUCAUAAGAAAGUGCCACUCAAACCGAUGUGGACAGUAUUCUGCGUACACAACGGCCGCACCCCAUUCCUCGAGCAGUACCCCGAGGCGGAGUCCUCAGCGACCCUCGCACACAAGCCCGUGUGGAGGGCCUGCCUCCGUACUGCCAGGCACGUGACCGCCAGCGUCAAGCCGAGGGCCGGCGUGGAGCAUGAUUUUCUUAUUGAUACAGACCAUGGGCCUGUGAGGAUGAUAGCUCCCGACUGGGAUUCCAUGCAAGACUGGGUGACGACGCUACGCAACAAGCUCCACGAGUUGAAGAUCUUGUCCAAAGGCGAAAACGUAUACUGUGCCGCGCCAGCUGCGCCGGUGCCUCGUGCCGCCGCGCGUGACCCCACCAGUCCUCUGCCGCCCACGCCUCCUGUGCCGCCUGACAGAGUACCAGGCAUAGAACUAAUUCCGUCUGUCCGUCCACCCCCCGAGGAACCACCACCUCCAUCCCCUCCCCCGCCAUCCCCUCCACCUUCGAACACAGUCGACAUAUCCAACUGGGACGAAAACCCCCAACCGAGUACGAGCCAAGAGAUGCAGCAACCGAAGAGUGUCACCAAAAUAUGUGGACAAAAUAUAUGCUUGGACGACUCUAUAUUGAAACGUAACACAGAAGUGACCGACAGUGAUGAGGAGUUCUUCGCAGAAGUGGAUCGGAUACACUCAUCAGUGGACGUAGACGAGUACAGGAAUAUGGAUGAUCCGCACAGUUACGGAGAGAGGUUCGAAGAGUUCAAACAGACUGUGGUCGUGGGAGAAGAGGAUUCUAGCCAUACGAGUGGCGUUGAUAAUGUCUCAAGUGACCACCCAGCAACGAACAUAACCGUCAUACAAGUAUCAAAUAAACCACCACACACAGCUAUACCAGUCCUGGGUCCGGAAACUGACGUAUUCAAUUUCAAUUUCGAACAAAAGCUCUCGAUCCAACCCGAUCAGCCGUUCGUCAACAUCGUUAACACAGAAGUCAAUGUUACCACUACAGAAAACGGUUAUGGAACAGUCUACAAAGACAACGAGUAUGGCCACCUCAGUUUGACAACAACUGUCAACCUGACAGAUGUCAAAGUGACAGAUGGAGUGUACGAGAGGCUGUGUAUGGCUUCGACGUCCGCCGAGAAUCCAAUAAACAAAUUGAGGCAUAGUGAUAAAAUCCGAAAGUCGUCGCUACCGAAUUUAGACAUAGAAUCCACUUAUGAAUAUUUAUUUCCCAAUAAUAAUAGAACAAAUAUAAGGUUAUGUACAGACAGUAAUGAUGGUAACCAAGCUAAUACUAAUGUUCGAAAUUCAAAUGGCCAAGUCGAUUCUGUUGGUGGAAGUCAUUCCAAUUCUAAUAUUUCGAAUGGAAUAAGUCAGAGUAAUUCCAAUACUGAUGGAAGUAGUCGAGAUAAUUCUAAUUCUAAUUCUAACGGUGGAAGUACGAGAGAUAUUACCAAUCGUAAUACAAGAGAUGAAGCUAAUGAAAAUAGACAGAAAAAUAUUACUGUUAGUGUGUCCAACGCUGUGCCAACGGAAAAUGAGCCUUCAGCUAGGGUGUUAAGGUCUAAUGUAGAAAGAUCGUACAGUCAAAACGCAUAUGACACGUCGGAUAGAAUGAGACAGCAUCUAAUUAGAAGAGUGCAGAAUAUUAGCCCUAAAAGGGACAACAAGAAUGAUAAGUCGGAAGUGAGCCAACCGAAACCGAUAUGGAAACGCGGAUUGACUGAACUGUCCUUGUUGACAAGGUUGAGAGGUAUAGCCAAUGGGAAACGACAGGAGAGCCCCACCAGGCACGAGGUGGAACGUAGUGAAAGUCAACGGGUAGUGACGUCCCCUGUGAAGGUGGUGCGUCGUUCGCGACCAGAAGCCAGGGUAGACAGCACUAGGAGAAGAAGUAGCUCUUUAAGCAAUGGCCAGUCCCCGCCAGCAGCCCCGCUGGCUGCACUGGCCGCGCCGCCGGCCACGCUGGCGCCGCUGCGGGCGCGGCAGGCGGCGGCACUACGCGCCGAACAGCGGCGCGGCGCCGCCGUGCCCGCCGCCGUGUCGGCGCGGGACCCGCCCGUCUUCGCCGACUACGACGGACACGUCUGGGUGGCGCGGUGGGGCGGCAGUGGAUGGCGCGCGGGUGGCCGCAGUGGUGACCGCGUGGCGGCCGUCCGAGCCAUGCAGCCGCGCGACGCAGCCCACGCUCGCCUACUGCUGCGGGCUGACCCCGCACAUCCGGUUGACAUGCUGUUUUAUCGCGUGCCUUUAGGAAAAAUUUACGUGUUGAAUAGGAGAGAAAACGAGAGUUUAGGUAUUAAGCUGGAUAACGAGUGCAAUAUAGUGUCAGUGGACCGCGCGUCGGCCGCGGGUCGUGCAGGGCUGCCCCUCGCGGGCCGCUGGGCGCUCACCGAGGUCAACAACCGCCCGCUCACUCUGCUUAAGGGUGGAGAAGAAGAGAUGAACCGUCUCGCCAUGCACGGCUCGGAGAUCUCAAUACUCAUACAACCGGCGGCUCUAGUCAAGAAACUGCGUGCAGCCAUCAAAGCAAACAAAACCCUCAUGUCCAUGAGAUAAGGUUUAAAUUCCUUUGGAGUUUGAUGAGUGAAUGAAGGAAUGAAAGCUAUCGGUCAGGUCAAUGAACGAUGUAAUGACGUUUACACGAUGGACGAUUAGUUGUAUUGUUUUGUUUUUUUUUUUUUUUUAUCGCACAAGACACAAAACGCAAGUCUAUUAUUGGGAAUAAGUUGAAAUAUUUGAAAUGUCAAAUUUAAUUGAUUUUUGGCUAUUUUAAAUUCAAAUUUACAGUGAUAGUUUAAAAAUAAUUUUAUCCCGUGAUUAUUAAUAUGUUAAGAGUGUGUUUUUUUUUAAUAAUCAAUCGGAAAUAUUGAAAAUUGUUAACAAGUUGAAAAAUUUAAUUUUUGAUAUCUCUAUGCACUGGGACACUGGAUGGGAACCCAUAUCGCUAGUUUAUCGUAGUCCUGGCAACUGAGUUUCCAGUUACACCGCGAAAGGGUUUUUUUUUUUGAAAAAUUUUUCAACCUGUUAAUAUAAUUUAUGAUAUUUCAAUGUAAUAACUACCGGUUCAACUUAAUUUCACGCCACAGCUGCCUACGAUUAAGGGUUACGAAUUGAUACUGAAACUAGUCGAGCUUUCUCGAUAUAAUUACAGGUAAAUCUAACCAGUAGUUAUUAUAUUAAAAUAUAAUAUGUGAUUACAAAACUUUGAUAGUUAUUUUUUAUUUCCAAAUGAAGAGUUAGACAUAUUUGAAAUAUUUUCUAAAUAAACUAUUCUAUUGAUUUUGAAUGUUCACAUACAAUUUUGACGUUGCUUUACUCUCUUAUAGUUAUUUCCUGCCUUUUUGUAUUAAUAUGGCGGAGAGAAAUUAAACACAACAUGGCCGAAUCACUAACCAUAGACAAGAAGCAGUUACCCGCCAAAUAUAUAGUUAUUAUAAAAAAAAGCCGGUCAAGUCAGAAUCGGACUCGUGCAACGAGGGUUCCGUACAAAAUCAUCAAGUUUAUAAUUUCUUUUUUGUGAAAUAACUACAAAUUUUACUGUUUUCGGAUUUUUUCCUUUACUUGUGCUAAGUGAUGGUUUAAGAGGAACGCUGAUGCUCAUCUCUCGACUGUUAAGUUCCCUUAGUCGCUUACGACAUCCACCAGUAAGGAAUGAGUGGCCCAUUCUAUGCCGGGACCACACGGCAAGGCUGUCUUAUGAUUUUUUAUUAAGAUUCAUUGGAGUUGUUUACGAUAAGUUCUAUUUCACAGAUCUCUUGCACAUGUAAUAAAAACACACAAGUAUUAUAUAGGCUACGGUAAUCGCUUACCAUCAGGUGGGCCGUAUGCUUGUUUGCCACCUCAGUGGUUGAUAUGCAACUAUUUGUUAAGCAAUUUUGAUUGUGAUAUAUAUAUAUACAUAUAUAUUUUAUUAUUAGAAAGGGUAUUUUUACAUUUUACACAUAACAUUUUUACACUGUACUUUUAUACUCUAUGGCAAUAUACUAUUUUUUAUCUAUAAGUGAUACUAAGAGUGGGCAAUAUAUAGCAGUAUCUAUAUAUUUUAAUUGCAAUAUUGAUGCAAUAUAUAUCCAAAAAAAAAAAUUGGAUAACAGACUUUUAACAUAUUCGAAAAUAGAUAUCCGACCGGUAUAGGCGAUAUCGAAAUGGGUGGUGACCUUUCCGCCAUCGAUAUCCAGAGGAAACCCAAUAUAUAGAUAUCGGAUUGGUAUCCAUUUUACCAUUGCAUUAGUGAUAUAACGCGAAGACUUCUUACCUACAGUUGUUCACAUUCAUGACUGUUUCUAUAUUUGCUUUCAAGGAAGCAUCGCAGUCAUGUGUCGGCCUAAUAUGUAGUCGUGUUUGUACGCAGUUUGGUCAAGCUUUGAAAGUUCAAUUUUUUUUAACCGGAUAAAAAAACUAAGAGUUUGUAUGUUCGGCUCUAUGUAUUUUUCAAACCACUUCGAAAACAUGGAAGUUUUUAAUUCGAUUGUGUUUUUAUUUUAUGUUUUGUUACUUUAUAACUCUGUCAGUUGUAAACCGAUUUGGAAUUUCUUUUUUUUUUUUUCUAAAAAAGGGUAUAUUUACAGUUUGGUCCCGUAGGAUUUUUAUCAAAAUUGAAUUUUUUAAAAAAUAUACUUUUUUUAACAAAUCCCAUACCGUAGUUUCUAGGGAAAACUUCGGCAGGUAGCUCAUUACACAAUUGAGCAUUCACAGAAGAAAAUUCCUUUAAAACCGCACUGUAUUAUUCCUAUAAGAAGAAAUAGGCCCGGUAGGUGGCGCUAAGGAGCAAAAUAACGUUUACCUGAUUACCUAGCGAAUAAUAAAUAGAAAUACUGAUUGCAUAAAUUUACUUUACAAUACUUUCAUUGACCAAACUUGUACCUUGUCUACCAUAAGAAUAAAUGUGCUGCGUAGAAAUAACACCUAUAUACUUCAUGGAUGCGGCUAUGCAUCCAAAAUGCAUGAUUUCCCUCUUCAGACCCUGCAUAGGUCUGGAGAGAUGCCAAAAAAUUACCAUGUAACAAUAUGGCGCGACUCCAGCGACACACGUGCGACAGAGCGAGCCACGCGUCCUCAACGACGUCUGUCACCCGCGAGCGCUGACUAUCGACUGGCUUAGCUCGCAACAGCACGCGGGCCGGCCGCGCGACGUUCUUGUUAUUAUUAUUGAAUUCACGGGAGCGUUCAUUCUACCCGCAUAUUUAUUCUAUUAUUUGUACUAUUUUUAUAUAUACAUUAAUAAGUAAAUCAAACGGCAGCUAACAUAGAAAGUAAGAUUUGCAAUACAAAUAUAUAUUUUAAAACUAAACGAAACAAUAUUUACUAGACUUCUUUAUAUGAGAAACUGUGGGAAUUCCAAAAAGUGGCUAAAAAACUGUUUGACUGAUUUUUAAAGAAAUAUACAAGGAUAUAUGCUUUUUGCAUAUUUGUACUAAUAUGUACACAUAUUUGUACUAAUGAAUAAAUAAAUAAAUAAAAAAUAUAUGUUUUUUAAAACAUUUUUUUGUAAUCUACAAGUGCAAUGAUAUAAGAAGUAAAUACCUAAGUUAUUAGUAAUGGCGACGUGUAAGUUGUACGGGCGGCACAGUGUAUACACUUGUGUGUGUAUGUCCAAGGUGCUGUACAUGUCGACGGCCACCUUUUCAUCAGGUGUACCGCCAGUUUCUUUGUCCUUUCCAUUAAGAAGUACAUUUUUAUAAACUCCACUGAUUUUUAUAGGAAAUUAAUGUGAAUUAAUAAUUUAAUUUAAUAUUUCUUAAUAAUAAUAAUGCGUGAAAUGAAACGCAAAGAAUUUCGGUUGUAAUCGGGACCAAAUUUUGAAAAAUUGUAAAAUUAAUUUAAUAAUCUUGGAGGAUUCAACACGAGAGGGGCGACUCGAAUGUUUUUUUCUACCGUAAGCUUAGAAGAGUCGAAUAUUAGCUAAAACUACAUGCAUUUAGCCAUAACCGCUUACCAUCAGGUGGGCCGUAUGCUUGUUUGCCACCUUAGUGGUAUAAAAAAAAUCGUGUCUUAAAGAUUUGUUAUUUGAAAGAAUAGCUAUCGAGUUGGAAAUAAGUCAUCUAUCUUCGAAUUUAAAACUUUAGUAAAGCGGAUAGAAUUAAUUACAAAAUCUACAUAAUUGUUUCAGCAUAGACUCUGAUCGGUAAUUGGUUAGGGGGACUGUACAAAAGUCGAUAGCUUGGGUACCUCUGUCCCAUUCGUGUUUCAACCGUGAAGCAGUUGUGUUUGCACGGCUGUGUUUCGGUUUGAAGGGUGGGAUAUGGCGUGAAUUACUGGGUACGGAGGAAUAACACCUGAGCCCUCAGGAAUGGCAACGCAUGGGGGGUAUUUUUUUUUUAGUGGAUAGCAAUAGAAUGGUAAACCCGCCUGCGUUUACGGUAUAUACACGCUGGCGGGGCACCAGUGAGGGAUGAUAGGGGAGAACGAAAAGGCAGUUCAGUUAGUCCAUCGUGAUGAAUUCACUUGAAAUCGUACACGAUGGUUUCCAGGAGGGACCGCGAGGAGGUCGACCCGGCGGGGUGUAUUGCUAGCAAUGGGGCUACUAAUCCCCAUUUUUAAUAAUCAUUUCUCUCUUGGAAGUUUUGUUUGUACGUGUUGUCUCCUCUCUGUGUUGAAUUCUUGUUUUCAUAAUGGAUCUCUAUCGAAUAUCAAUUAAUUUAUUUAAAAAAAAUAAUUCUGUAUUUAUUGGCAAAUUAUAAUCAUUAUAAAAAAUUUAUUUACUCAUUUUAGUUUUAAGUUUAUUUUGUGAUUUUAUUCGUAAUUAUUAAAUUGUGUUAUUUUAUGUAAACAAUAUUCACAUAUCUUAAAAAACCUUGUGAUUUACAAUAUAAGCUUUGAAAUAAAUUUCAAU